CUUGGAAGCAGUAACAUGGCGGACUAAAUGUCAAUUGCUUUGAACUUGUGUCUUGUUCUUCAGUGGCUGUGAUUUUACGAGAAGAUGUUGGAUCACCUCAGACAUCCAAUUUCCGCUUUGUUAGAAUGCAGAAAGAACUUUUAAGCAAGGAAACUCAUCAAUCUGGAUGCAUUCAAAAUGAUCUUGUUCUGCACAAAUUGUUUGAAGAUGCCAUAGCUGUCCUGCGUCUUGCUGGAGCUGAUGACAAUUCUGCUGGUAAAAAUUAAGCUAUUUAAUAUGAAAUGUUGCUCUCCGUUUCCUUGAUCUUGAGAGGCAGGAACCAGUAAACUGAUCGGAGAAAUAUUUGCCCUUCUUGUAAGGUGUUUGAAGAGUGCGCGCACUGAAGCCUUACCCCUCCCCCUCUCCCAUUCCCCCCUCCCCUCUAGGAUACAAACUACUGUACUUAAUAGGUAAAAGAAUGCUUCCUUGGUGUCAAUGAAACAAUUUUAUUGAAAAUUGUAUCUAAACAAUUAUUACUUCUCGAUUUUCACAGUGGAUGUCAGAUUCGUAGUAUGCACAAUAUCACUCUUUUAUUUUAUGACAUCACAAUCAUUCAUUUGUUCUACGCAUUCCAUCACACUGCAUGUUGUUCCACGCUAUAGGUGUUGCUGGUCAAAGAUUCAAAGAUGUUUAAAGAUAAGGAUUCUUUCAAGUUAUUUCCAUUGUUCAUAUCAGACAUGUUUGCAAUACAACAGACGUAAUUUUAAUGUCAAGUAUGAGUUUUGUUUUUUGUAGAGGCAGGGUUUGAGCUAGAACUUGAUCACUGGGAGACAAUUUGUCCCCUUGGCUAAAAAUUUUGGGGGACAUUUUUAUUUUUAGGGGGACAGAAAAAUUAAUUUUUAUUCAACAUUUUUUUUUAGAUUCAUACAGGCAAGCCAACAAAAACAUUUUUUUUACCUGAUCCUUGUAACACAAGAAAAGUGAUACAAACAAGAAAAGUCAAGUUAUUAGUGUCAAGACUUUUUUUUCUCGUCAUAUUUAAACAGAGGAUCAAUAACUUUGCUUUAUACUUCAAAACAUUUCACAGCAGAAUCUCGUCACAACAUCCCCUUGUAAACUUCAAUAUUCCUUUCUUAAUUACUGGUAGACGUACACCUCCUUUUCAUAGCGCAACCAUGUGUGAUCUCGUAACCAAGUUUUCUGGAAAGUUCGUGAUUUUUUCGGUUUCCUUCGAUCCUCAUCCGUUUCUUCCUGAUUAAUACACUGUUCUUCUUCUGUAUCAUUCUUCUCUAAUUCACUCUGGCUUCGAUUUGGAACGAAAAAGCUUUCUAAUGUUCAAACACGUUUUCAAUGUGACAUGUUAAAGAUUGCCAGGUGCGUUCACCACGUUUAGUUGAGCAUGAGACGUACAUGUUCAGUAGAGCGUGACUGAAACGUGACUUUAGAAUGAACUUUAAACGUAUAGACUACAAGUAGUCCCCAUUUUUCCUCAGGGAUAGUAGAGCGAUAGAACGCAAGCUUGUGUGAAAAUCACCCCUGAGGAAAAAUGGGGACUACUCAUAGUCUAUAAACGUGCAAUAAAAUAUACUUUCCACGCUCUGUUUUAGCUUGCAAUUUCUGUACUGAUCUAAAUCUCUUUGUGGGUGCUUCCUUUCAAGUUUUUUCCCUAAAUUUUGAAAGAAUUGUCCCCUUGGCCGUUUUUUUAAGGGACAAUUUCAAUUGCAGUGCAGGAUUGGCGCAAUGGCGUGGCCUGGCUCAAACCCUGUAGAGCAAAGCAAAACCUUUUUAAAAAGGCAAUAAAAUAGUAAUGAAACAACAUUUUGUAACCAAGAGACAUUUCUGACUGGACCGAAGCAUGCCAUUCACGUUUCCACUACAGUUUUGAUCAUUUCUCCCUGUUAUAAUAUGUUACUAUACACUCAGUGUAUAGUAAGAAGAAAAGAUAUAAACAAUUAUUGCAAGCAGCUUUAAAGAUCGUCAAAAGGUUUAAUGACAACGUAACAUAAGAGAGAAAUUCAUCACAAAGACACAUUAAAUCGAGGGUUUCAACUAACCUCAACAAACUUCAUGCAACCAAAUAGCCCAUUGGUCAGAGUUUGGUAUAUAAAGGCAAUGAGUGUACAAGGACUUGUGGUAGAAAUCUGCUUCAUUGUGGUAAAAAAAAUCGAGAUGAAUUGUGGGUAGAAAUUGAAAAUUUUUGGCCCUGUGCGGAUGAGGACUGCUGCCUUGCUCGCGCACUUCUGGCUCACUCGAUGCAUAGCAGCAAUUAAAACAAACAUGUUUAAGGUUAAGGAUUCUUUCAAGUUAUUUCAAUUGUUCAUAUCAGACAUGGUUGCAAUACAACAGAUGUAAUUUUAAUGUCAAGUAUGAGUUUUGUUUUUUGUUUUCAUUGUGGUAAAAAAAAUCAAGAUGAAUUGUGGGUAGAAAUUGAAAAUUUUUGGCCCUGUGCGGAUUAGGACUGCUGCCUUGUUCGUGCACUUCUGGCUCACUCGAUCCAUAGCAGCAAUUAAAACAAAAUACCGGUAGAUAAGGUUUCAUAUACUAUCUUUUGAUCAAUACUAGUCAUUUUGUCAUUUAUUACAGUGUUUUGACCGAUUAAAAUAAUGAUGGAAGAAGUUUGAGUGUUGAAGUGCACCAAACACUAGCAACAACUCCCUUUGUAAAAAAAAAAAAAACAAGCAAACAAACAAAGAAACGAACAGUGACCCUCUUAUUCUCAAGAAUUACACCACACAUUUUGUUGAUGGGAAAAAUUACCCACCCCCCAUGGUUAUGCUCCCCUUAACACCAUCACCCCUGUUCAACCACAUUGUAGGGCUGUCUGAGUAAUAAAUUAACAGCCCUCUACAGUUAAAUGAAAGUUGCAAUAAUAUUUACUUUUUGUACUUAUUUGACUCAAAACCAGCAGGGCACAAAAUAUCAGAAGAAAGAUGCCAAGAAUCUCAGCUGCAGAAGGGAAGGAGCAGGCAGAAGAAAAGACGACCUGAACAGAAGAAUGAAAAGCAAGCUGAGAGGAUGCCUGUGAUAACAAAGUCAAAAAGAAGAAAACUGGAAAUGAUAAAGGCUCCAGUGGUUCUUUUGAGAAAAAUGAGGGGAGUUGGAGGUAAGUAAAUAGACCCAGGGCUGUCAUUAAAAGGCGAGCGGGGCCGGGGAUAUCCCCCAGCUACUAAGAACGUGGCCCCUGGCUACUUUCAUAGGAAAAUAGCUGCCUCGUACCCAGACGUCUCUCUCUCUCUCUAUGAAAAUGUGCGUGCAAAGGAAGGCGGGAAGGAGACAACGGGCGAGACGUUGCUUUGCCUGCCGUCUGUACCCUUCCCAUGGUCCCUUGUGGUUCAUCACCAGUCGCUCCUUUACUUUGCGAAAAACGAAGCACCUGAGGAGGAGGCUGGGAAAAUAGAAGAAAAAUAGAACCAAAAGAAAUCCCUAGCUGUUUGAUUUCCCACCUGCUUGUUGUAUUUACCUGGCAACUUGAAAUCUUAGUGACAGUCCUGUAGUCAGCAUAUGUGUAGAAAUAUUGUAAGAAAAAAAAAUUCAACUUUGUUAAGAAAAAUUCAUAAAACUCUUCCCAGUACUGUAAACUGCCGCUUAUAAAGCCCUGGGCUUUUACAACUUGGUAAGAAGUUUUAAGAGGGCUUGUAAACGGAGGGGCUUAUAUUGCAGGGGGCUUUACUGGAAUAGAAAAAAGUGCUAUACCAGUGCUGAUCAAAAUACAUUUUGCAUUUACAGGUUUUCAAUUAAACUUUGAAAUGUCAAAAUAACUUGUAUUCAUUUCAAAACAAGCUAGAGGGGGGCACUUAUAGCUGGGGGGUGCUUAUAUUGGUUGUAUUUUUUGUUACAGGUACCCUCAACUCCGUUUUAGCGGGAGUAUAUUUCAGUCAAAUAUCUGAUUUAUCUUACCUUGGAUUUAGCUGCUGUCUGUAUUAUCAGGGUGUCUGUUAUAGCGGGGUGUCUGCAAGCCGAAAGCUGACUGUACAUGGGCCUAUAAGUAGGAGGAUGAAUAAGUAAGGGGGAUGGCGUGCUUAUAAGCAGCAGUUUACCAUUUCUUUGACUGAGAAGGAUUAAAUCUUUUAUUCGCAACUUAGAACUGAGAAGACCUUACAGUAAAAGUGCUGUUAUGGUUGAUGAUUUGUUGAACUUGUUGUACUCUUAUAGUCCCUUCAGAAGAGGAGCAGAAGAGUUCUGUGGAGCAUAUGUUGAAAUAUAUCAACCAGUUGCCUUCCCAGGAAACAUUCCAACCACCUCCAUUACCAUGUGUCUCUUUAUCAGUGGAUGAAAAUGACGUUAAGUACCAUGACCUUACCAUUCAAAUAUUCAAUAUAACUUGCCUAAAUCGAAUAUUAAGUAUUUAUAAUGAAAAAUUAGAUACCCCUCCCCUCCAAUAUGCUUUUUAGGUGGGAGGGGAGGGGUGAGGGCAGUAAGGGGAGGUCAGUUUCAGUCCUCCAUGUUUUUACGUACCUUAAUGUCCCAAUAGUGUUUAUCAGUCAAGUUUCUCUAGAUACACUGUAGACAUACGGAUGUUGAACCCAAAACCAGUGCUCCACACAGAUGACUGCACGCAACACACAAACGAAGGACAAUGACUGUGUCAUGCGUACUACUAUUUUGUUCCAUCUAUGUUUUAGCCCUGUCAAAAUAAGCUCAGGCAGCCCUCCAUUUCGCUUCUUCCAGUGGAAUAAUUAUUUGCUGCUUGUUCAACACUCUACUCUGACUUCAUGUUAUCCUGCCUACUACUCCAAAACAUUUGGACUGCACUAAUUUUUGUACAGGACAUUGCAUCAUAACCCUUGUUUUUCAGUAACUAAUUGCCCGUUAAAUAUUCUGGUUACUUUUAAAGAUCUGGGUGUGUUUUUGCAUUUGUGUUGUUUUGGAUAGCGAUAAAUGACUGCAAUUUGUUUUUGUGUGGUUCUUUUCUUGUCUUGCUUGUUUUGUUUCAUAUAAAAAGGAAACCAUUGAUGUUAUGGAACAUAAACCAGACUCUACUGGAAGAAUCCAAGACUGUACUUACCUGUCAAGUGAAAAAGAUGUUGGGCUUUGGAAAAUGCUUGUUGCAUCACCAACCAAUUGUAAUGUUUUUGUGGGAGGCUUGAGUCAAGGUGUGACAUCUGAAAUUUUGCGCACAGCAUUUGAAGCCUUUGUUUUAAAAGGAGAAGAAAAAAAUCAUCUUAAGGUAAUGGCGACAUGAUAUUGUCAAGUGGUCAAAAACUAAAACAAUUAUUGGAACUAAAUUUUAGUGAAAAUGAAUUGCUUUUACGCUUUUGCCUGUGUAUUUCUUCCGCUGAAAUAUUCCCAUGGAAUAACAUACUACAAUGUUAACCUUUUAGGCUUUGUCACAUUUCUGUGUAACAAACUGCAUACAAAAAUGUCAACUUAAGGUUGUUUGGUACUUAUUACCAGUGAGAGUUAUCUGCAAGCAAGUGUGAUGCUUGUAACCAUAUGAUACAAAUUAUAGAGCUGCAAGGAUGUACAAUCAUAAACCACAAACAAACAUAUAUAAAGCUUUUAUCCCCAAAUUCUGAUUGAUACAUCAGUAUUUCAUGACUAAAUGUAAACAAAGGCAACAAAUCAUGAUGUUGAUUCAGUUUAUGAUAUUUACGUUCAUUUUCGUUGCAGGCACAUGUAGUAAUGGAUACUGCUAGGCAGCAGUCCAAAGGGUAUGGAUUUGUAUUUUUUCCUUGUAGGAGAUCCACAGAGCUGGCCUUGAUAUGGUGAGGGGUGAUCUUUAUUAUGACAAAAAACAUAGGCUGCUUGGCCGGUAUGCCUCUACGGAUAUAGCUAGUAAAACUAGUCUUCUACAGGGCCUAAAUUACAGUCAAUAUUGUUUAGUACAAUCACAGCUAACCAUCACACCCUGUAGGAUGACAGGUUGACCAUGUGAAAAAGAUUAAAAUUGGUAGUAAGUGGUUAAAACAUUGCCGUGAUCUUAUCAUAAAUGUCUAAUUUAAUAGCAGGGAAGUCAUGUUAAGGGCUAGGGGGGAUAUUGGGUACUAUAUGAAAAUUACCCCAGCCACUUACAUGGGAAAACAGAAGAAAAAAGGAAUGAAAAAAAACCCUGGCUGUUUUAUUCCUUGCCUGCUUGCAGUGUCCUGACCAGGCAAUUUGAAAUCUUAGUGACAAUCCUGUGAUGACAUUACAACAUGUUUGUGAACCUGUAAUACUGGUAGUUAUGUAAACUAUUAUUUUGUGUAUGAGCAGUAUGCAGGAUUUUGAAAUCCAUGGUCAUGCAAUGCAGUUAGGAUGGGGACAGGAGAACAGAAAAGAGAAGUUUUCAAAUGCUUCCGGAGACUCUAGAGUCAUCGUUAAAGACCAAAAGCAUCUUAGUGGUAAGGUGGGGGGUUAACCUUCUAAAGCUAAGAGUAAAAAAGUUAGAAUUGAAAUUGUUUUUUUAUUCACAAAUUUCUUUGUCUUCUAGCACAAAUUUAUGAAGAAUUAGGGUUAAGAGAUAAAGGAAAUUGAGACAUUUAUUCAUAAUGAUGAAUAAUUAGAACGUUAAGGAUUUCAUCCACAGACUCAAAAGUUAGAACCUGCACCUUGUACAACAUGAUAAAACAGUACUACAGAAAAGUACUGCUCAUUAGCUUUCGUUUAAAUGGUCACACUUUAGGAUUUCAUCCACAGACUCAAAAGCUGGUGCUAAGUUACACUGUAUUGUUAUGUGUUACAAGCAAUGAUACGAAAUGUAUAAUGGAAUGAUUUCUUGCAACAAAUUUCUUACCUGUUUUCCUUAGGUGUUUGUGAAAAGCAAUGGGAAUGUCAUUUCUGACACAGUUUAUUCUGAUGCUGUAGCCCCUUCAUCAAAGUAAGCGCAACAAAUUAAGAGUGAUUUUGUGUCGUGCUUAUUCGUAUUAAUCAACAAUAAUAAUGCGCAUGGUAAAUGUUUGUACAGGAAGUCAUCAAAGAGAUGUUUAUCAAGGUGGGAUCAAGAAACACCAAAAAAGUAUCAAAGAACGAAGGAAUUAACAGAGCUGUAUCCACCACAAGGUGGUCCUAGCGAGGAAAGAUGUAUGUUAGAUGCGUGUAAACUGGCCUCAUUGUCUGACGAUCAACUCGAUCAUUCAAAGUCAGCAACAAAGUAAGUGAAGCCAAGAGUAUCAUACUUGUGGUGUUGUGUCGGGGGCGGGAAUACAAGAUUUGGUUUAUCAGCUGAGUUGGUAAGGUAGAUAGAUGGCCAUCGUAGGGGGAUUUAUAGUCUCCUUCGCAGCCGUUAUUAGGGUCGUCACUCGUCACGCAACGCUCCUCUCCACUAGGAGCGUUGCGUGACGAGUGACGACCCUAAUAACGGCUGCGAAGGAGACUAGGGGAUUUAGGGACUCGUUUUGAAAUCGGCUGCUAGACAAGAGUAUGGUAUUUUGGCAAAUAAAUGUCCUGUCUUUUAUCCAUUUUCGGUCAAAAGGGGUAGGGGUACUAAUUUAAAGAGAGCGGUUGUUUGAAGAAGGCGGCUUUUUUAGACACCUAAGCGAGACGACUGAGAUGACUAAUCACAUGCGAGUUCCCCCGCAGUUGCCUCGGAGCCAAGAGAAUGGGCAUUAUUUUUCCGGCCCUCUCCUUUCUUUCUCGCUGUUUUAAUAGAAGGGCUAUAACAAGUUUAGUUUCGUCAUUUCUCGACAGUGUACAGUAUAGCUAUGAAAAUAAUGACCAUCCAAACGUACAACACAAACAUAACGCUUACUACAGUCUCAGUCAAAAUUGUUGGGACCCUUAACUGUCCUUUUCCCCUGUGCAAGAUUUGGUGAAUUCACUGCGGUAAACAACAUUGAGAGGACGAGGAGACGGGCCAGAAGUAAAAAAAUAGCGUUAGGUGGAAGUGUCCCCAAUAUUUUUGUCUGAGACUGUAGUUCUUUUUUCCGUUCACUGUUGUUUACUUCAGCUCAAGGUUGUAUUGCUUGAAGUAGUAAGUAUUGUUGAUUGUUUUGUUUUCACAGUGAAAACGUCAGCUGUAAAAGGGAUGAGACUCCGAGAAGAGUUAUUCAGUGGCUUACACACGACCAAGGAAUGACACUGGUACAGACUGACUUGUUCGCCUUAGCUUGAUUAUUCUAGUUUGUUUUUUAUGUUUGUUUCGUUCACAAAGCUUUGCAGUUAAAUUAAAGUUCCUUAAUCUGAGAAUGUCCUAACCAGUUAAAGGUACGGUAAAAGAGGGAACAAAAACGUGCAACUUAUCUUUCAACAUUGCUGAAUAGCGAUGUUGCGCGUUUUACCACCCACAUAAAACAUGUCUUGCAACAAAUCAGGUUGUUGCAAGUUGCGAGAAUACUGACUUCUGGAUAUAAUUAUCCGGUAGCCUGUGAACAGCCUCUCUGUUUGGGGGAAAAUCGACCAAAGGCCUGUUCACAGGCUAAUUAUCCGGUAGUCACGCCAUAUACGAGCGUAUUGUCACUUGAUGCAAAACAGGUUUGCCUUGGGCUGGUAAAAAGGGCAAAAUGUACAGAUUUUCUUGCAAAAAAAAGUACUACUCUCUGCUUUUUGCAACAACUUUUCGCAACCUGGAAAAACCUGAUUUGUUAAAACCCGAGUGGUAAAACGCACCACAGCACUUUCCCUGUCGUUUCGCAGCAAUGUUGCAAAACAAACUGCACGUGUUUGUUGCCGUAGCCACCGAUUGCACGUUUGCACGUGUUUGGUUUUGCAAACUUAUCCAUUGUACGCUUGACGCUACGGCUUUCCCUUGCCCGCCACCUUUAAGGUGCUUUCCCAUGCUUGGCAACGAUUUUCGUGCUUUCCCAUGACUGUAUUUUUGAAUCUGCCAUAAGUGUGCGUGUUUGUAUGCAAGGACUUUCUCAACAACAGCCCCCAAACUUUCUCUUUUGCUGCAAGAUUGAUGUAGUUUAUAAGUAAGGUAGUAUUAUUGGUCGUCAAUGCGCAUGCACGGAAAUGAAAUUGACCCACUUAUUUUGCGUAGGGAAGGAAAAAAAACAAGGCAAGAGCAUUGUUUAGUAAUUCUGAGAGGUUCACCAAACUCUUUCUAUUUUGCAGUUGAAAACAGUUUGUUCAAAUCUUCGCGCCUUCGGUGUGCGAGGUCAUAUUGGAGUGUUUGGUCUUCAUUACGAAGCAGAUAACAGCCGACUCUACGUAGUGUGCGCCAAGCAUGUCACAGAAUCACAGUUGGUGAAUGAAUUCUCAGUAUUUGGCGCUGCUCAAGUUAAAUUGAAUAUCGACUUGAAUGGCUUGUCCAAGGUAUAUAUUUUUAGUAACUUUUGCUUUACCGAUGCUCAAUGGUUUCUCUCGUGUCGUUUGUCCAUUCUUACAUCGACCGAGGCAAAGGAUUUUUCCGAAGAUUUCUGAAUAAUUUUGAAGUUUUUCUAGCAGAGAUUGAAAUUGUUUUCAUUUUUGACCAACGCGUGAAGUUGUAGUGAUCCACGUACUAAAUAUUUUCCACAAAUUCUCAAAGUUCUGAUUCACUAACUUUACAGAUUAUUUGUAUCUUAGUCUACACAAAGAUGAUUGCUGUAAGUUAAGAUCUUCAGUAGCCCCAACUAUUAGAAUUCCUACUGAUGAAAGCAAACUUUUCAGGACAUGGCUGCCUGAGCUUUUAACCACCUACCUGCUAAGGUCAGGAAUAUAACGUUCCUUGUCAAUCUGUUUUUCUAUUUUAGGGUUGUGCCUUUGUUCAGUUUCCAAACGGAAAGUGUGCUGAAAAAGCCAUCAAAGAGCUUCAUGGAAAAGUAACUAAGCGACAUACACAAAGAUAAUGUCAAAAAAGAUGCCUUAUUAGUAAACCUUGUAAGUAGCCUGAGAAAACAGCCGACAUUUCGCGACGCCACCAAUGGUUACCCCGCCAGAUGAUGUCUGAGAAAAGAGAGCAGAAAUUCAAUACUGGUGACAUGUCAGAUCUGGGUAUUACUUCUGAUUGGUUGCACGAGAGAAAUUUGCCUCAUCCAAUCAGAAGCACUUUCCAGAUCCACGUCUGGGUAGUGGCACGUCUUCAAUAUAGAAUUUCUGCGCUCGUUCCUCGGAAGUCAUUUCGGCUCUCAGACGACAUUUCGGUGUCGUCGCAAAAUGUCGUCUGUUUUGCCCUGGGGACGAGGUUGGUCUAUUUCCCGGGCUACUCCGUGAGUAACGAUGAGAAUUAACCCCCAAAGGCUACUAAUCUCGAAAAACAGAAGACGCUGCUCGGGAAGUAGACUUCGAGCAGUCUCUCUUUUUCUUCAGAUUUAGUAAGAGGAGUGCACGCGCGCGAGCGUUGAGCGGCGAAGCCGCGAGACGCGAGAAACCAUGCGCGUGGUCAUUUGCGUGUCUCGGGCGAUUUGUUCGACGGACCAAGAAAAAAGAGAGACUGCUCGUAGUCUACUCGGGAAGCGAAAUUCGUGCCAACGUACUCACCGCUGCACUUGACGAACUUACUAGGGAGCUUAAGAAACAACGACGGCGACGGCAACAAGAACGGCAAAAAAGUAAUAGAUUGAAAAGGCAAAACAGCAACUUUGCACGUGAUCACGUUUUUUUGUACAUUUAUUUGCCGUCACUACACGACAACGACGUGAAACUGCCUAAUUUCACCUUUUGUGGAGGACGUAAACACAAGAAAACGACAAAAUAAUCAUAGUGGAAUAAGAGCAAUGAAUUUUGAAACAGCGUAAAUUCACUUUUUAUGGAGCGUUUUCGCCCCGUCUUUGUCGUCGUCGCUUAAACUCCCUACUGUUGACUACAAGCUGACACUACCUCUUUUGAUUGGCACUUUGGUGCGCUCGCAGAAACUACAUAGACUGCAAACAAGCUCUUCACUUUAUUGGGCGUAUCGUAACUUGCGAACAGGGCUUCGGGUAACGUGGUUGUGUGCUAAAAGGGGGUAUGUCGACUUCUCUUCGCGAGACGACUACAGGUCGUACAGCCCGUUAAAUACUCUCCCUCCAUCCUCCCCACAGCGAGCGCGAUUGGAGAGCUUGCUUACAGUCUACGCAAAAUACAAAGACAAUGCUUUCGUCAAGAACUCGGUAUUCCCCCUGUUUGAUAAAGAUAAAACUACUUUAUGGUCUCUCUUCGUUUCUCACAAACGAAUACUUCACCAUGCCUCGUGGUAUUUCAGGAAAAGUGUAACGUUUGUUAACAUUACAAUCGCGUCACGCAAUAUUUUCAUCACACUGACUGGAAACAGGGGCCGUGGUGUCAGUUUUAAAGCAAAAAAUAUAUGAGAUCCAUAUUUGCAAAAUUAGAAGUGAAUGUUACUCUGUUGGUCAGUGACUGUUGCAGAUGGAGUGGCUCCUAAAAUAAAAUAGCCUUUGUUGGUGCAAUACCGAGUUUCAAAUUGCGUUACAUUUGAUCAUACUUGCUCACCGCCUUGGUUCCUUCACUUAUGGCGUGCUUGGAAAGUUCUCCCGGCAGCAGCAGUUUGACAGCGGUCUGAAUUUCACGGGAGGAUAAAGUUGAUCUCUUGCUGUAGAGAGCCAGGCGUGAAGCUUCAAAGGCAAUGCGCUCGAAAAUGUCGUUGAUGAACGAGUUCAUGAUGCCCAUGGCUUUCCUGGAGAUGCCAGUGUCCGGAUAAACUUGCUUUAGUACUUUGUAAUUAUACAGACCGUAGCUUUCUCUGCGUUUUCUCUGCUUUCUCUUCUUCUUGUCGCUCGACGAAGUCUUUUCGUCGAUUUUCUUUGGGCUGUUCUGGUCUUCGUCCGUUGAAGAAGGCAUGAUAAGUAUCUGGGAGACCCGGGAGACAAGUGAAUAUGGAUGCUAAUCAGCCAUUCGCGCGCGUUGUUUUUGUACCGAUUUCAGCCCAGUAUGACAAAAAAAAGCGGAUCGAAAUCCUCGCAUUCUGAUUGGCCAACGCGAUCUUAGCAGUGGGGGAUUUUCUUUAAAAAGUACGCUAGACUUGCGCUACCCUUGUGCACCACAAGGGAACCACACGGGCACCCAACGACUUAUUUCUAUAAAAUAACUGUACGAAGGAGCAAAUAUUGCCUAAUUCUAAAGCUCAAGACAGGCCUAAAUUUCUGGAUGACUGAGUUAUUCAUCUAAUAUAUUCAGAGUUUUUCUACAAUUUUCGUUUUUUUUAUGCAUCUUUACAUCAGACAAGCAAAUUUCACUACCACCCCUCGUUUUGAAAUCGUACAUUUUCAUUUUGCUAACUUCCAAGGCAGUAUAGACAAAAUACCCAUUUGAAAAAAGAGUGCAAAUGCCCAAGAGUCUUGUCAGUGAAAUUGCUUGUCUUACGUAAAAAUGCAAAAGGAAGAUUGUUUUAAAUCUCUGGCCAUUUCAUUUCCAGCAAGAAGGUCCCAUGGAUUGAUAGGAAUGAUUUUUAUCAGAAGCAUAAAUUAUAUGCUUCUGUCCCUAUCCAUACAAUCACUCAAAAAUUAACACUUUUGUGAAUUACAGGUUGUUGGUGGUAUGCCCAUGAAAGUGAUGAUAGCUGAGCCAAAGGUUCGCAAAGGGUCAAGGACAAAGAAGAGCAGUUCACACAUGUGA